CAGCGCGCCCGAAAUAAGAGUGACGUACUCGGUGCAUCGGCACUGAGCGCUGAGCCGAGUAACUGUCAGAAAGCAUUUCUCAGGAUUAUAUCCAUUAAACGCUCAACCACAUUAAUCAAAAUGAGCUAUUAAAGCCAUCAACCCCCAGGUUUCCAUGGCCACAGAGGAGAACGAGCGUCCUGGGUUCUCGAACUCUGAGUCCAUGAGGUCAUGGGAGCUGGAAUCCGUUCUGACCAAUCGCACUCUGCGCUUCGUGUUGAGGUUAGAGCAACAGUUCGUGUGCCCGUCCUGCGGUGGGAUCGUCCUGAACCCUCACCAGACGGGCUGCGGGCACAUUUUCUGUGCUCAGUGCGUAAAGGCAUACAUUGAAAAUGGGGGAAGUUCUAAAUGUCCUUUAGACAGCAGUCCUAUAAAACCUGAGGAGGUUUUUCAAGACAACUGCUGUAAAAGGGAACUGCUAAACUUAGACGUCUACUGCACCAAUGCCCCAGACUGUAAGCAGAAGGUUACUUUAUGUAACCUGCAGGAUCAUCUAAAAGCUUGCCAGUAUGAGCGCAUUAGAUGUUCCAACUCAGGGUGCACCGACACUGUGUUACGCAAAAACCUAAUGGACCAUCAGAAGAGCGUCUGUUCCUUCCGCCUGGAUUCCUGCCACCACUGCAGGCAGUCUUUUCCCGUAUCUCAACUGCUGGCCCAUCAGAAGACUUCAUGCCCGGAAGUUGAAGUCGCCUGUUCCAACAAGUGUCUGCAGAUGAUCAAAAGACACAAGCUGCAGGCACAUGCUGAUGAGUGUCCUGAAGUGGAGACGGACUGCAUUUAUAAAAACUAUGGCUGCACAGUCAGAGAUAAAAGAGGGAAAGUGCAAAUUCAUGAAAACACAGAGUUCACAUAUCAUGUUCGGCUUGUCCUGGAAAGUAACACCAAACUUGAGAAACAGGUGGAACAGUUGCAGCAGGAUAUGAUAGUCCAACAGGGGGCGCUGAAGGACAAAAGUCUUGUGGUCAGCAGUCUGGACAGGGAUGUCACCAUGUGUGACAGCACACUCACUACCUUACAGAGGUCUGUGGAGGAGCAGAGAGUGCGGAUCUGCAGUGUGCAGCGUGAACUGCGGGAUUUGCGGGGCGUUCUGGGGUCUGAAUUAAGCGAAGAGCUCCCCAGCCUUCGGGCAUCACUGGACUCACUCAGACAGCAGGUGGCCGUCACAGAAAGCCUCAGGGAGCAUCUGGGUGCGUUAGAGCAGACGUGUCAACGUCAUACACGUUUGUUAGACAUCCACGUGGAACAGCUGCAGUGUAACGAGCAGCGUGUCCGCCAGCUUGAGUCCACCUCCUUUGAUGGGAAGCUCAUCUGGAAAGUGCGUGAUUACUGGCACCGGAAAGAAGCUGGCAUCGCCCUCAACUCCACCCCCUUCUACACCAGUCGCAGCGGCUACAAGCUUAGCCUGCGGGCUUACCUUGGCGGGGACAACUCAGGGAGAGGCACUCACAUGUCGCUCUAUGUCACAAUAAUGCGCGGAGACUUCGACUCCCUCUUACCAUGGCCGUUUCGUCAGAACACAACGUUAACAUUGCUGGAUCAAAGCGGCACUAGGAACCACUUGAGCAGUACUUUCACCCCUGAUUCCAGCGAUAGCUUUCGCCGGCCAACAUCUGAUGCUAAUGUGGCCACAGGAUUCUCACGAUUCAUAUCCCACAGUGAUCUGGAGGUCCCUCGGAACGUCGUUUAUCUGAGAGACGACACACUGUUCAUCAAAGUAAAAGUGGACACAACUGGAUUAGAGGACUUGUAGCGCUCCCAAAACAGUGUCCUGGAGUCACUGUAGCAGGAUAUAGCAGGAUUCCUCAAAUCCUACCCUGCUGAGUUCAGCUCAAACCCGGAUAAAACUCACUUACCUGUAACUCUGAAGAGCUUGUUCAGGUGUCUUUAACUGCGUUUCCACCGCAGGAACUUCCCCCAGGAACUAGGGACUCUGUGGUGAGACUCGGUGUGUUUCGACCGCAGGGACCAGGGUCUAAAAAUGUCCCCCUCAGAAAGUCCCUGCUCACGAGGUAGUACUUUUUCAAAGUUCAGCAACUUUCGGAGGUGGGAGUUGGGCGCUGAACUUGCUGAUUGGUUGAGUCCAUGCAGCAUUUUCUUUCAACCACC